AAAUAAUAAUAAUAAUAAUAAUAAUAAUAAUACUGCUUCCUGCGUUUUUCUGCGUUUCACAUCAUACAAAUAUAAAAAGAGGUUCUGCAUGUUUGACAUUAGUCCUCCGAAGUUUGAGACGGACAAAGAUAAAAAAACAUGGAUGUUUAACACGACCCAUGUAAGAACGGCUGUGGCCACUGCUGGCCCCAUCCAUGGGCAGUGUUUUAGCUCUGUCUUCUCAUCCUUUCCAAAUCCACUCUCCAUUUCCUCACAGCACCAUCCCACAGCGAUGGGAAAGAAAAGAUGGACGCUUGCCCAAUCCAGGGGGCUUCGAUGAGCUACACAGGAAGUGCAAAGAUGUUUUCCCUCAGCAGGUUGAAGGAGUGAAGCUUACCAUCAAUAAGACUCUCAGUAGCUGCUUUAAGGUGAGUCAUAUCCUUCACCUCAGUGCUGUUGGUCCUUCGAACUAUCGCUUUAAUGCUUCAUAUUUAUCUGACUUAGAAGGAAAAGGAAAAGCCUUGCCAAUGUUGACAGGAGAGAUGGAUUCUUCAGGAAGUCUUAAUGCGCAGUGGCUGCAGCUUUUUAGCGAUCGGAUAAGAGCUAAGGCUGUCUUCCAGACUCAAAAAUCCCAGUUUCUAACAUGGCAGUUUGAGACGGAAUAUCGAGGCGAUGAUUUCACUGCUGCUGUUACUAUGGCAAAUCCAGACAUUUUCACACAAUCUGUAAUUAUGGUAGCACACUUCCUGCAAAGUAUGUCUCCGCAGUUAGUUCUAGGUGGAGAGCUGGUCUACCACCGUGGCAGAGUGGAGGAGGGAGGUAUUUUCACGCUGGCUGGACGUUACACUGGUCCAAACUGGGUAGCCACUUUAAAUGCUGGAAAAGGAGGUGCACAUGCCAGCUACUAUCAUCAAGCAAAUAAACAGAUCCAAGUAGGUGUGGAAUUUGAAGCCAGCACAAGAACACAAGAAACUAUGUUUUCAUUUGGCUACCAAUUUGACAUUCCAGAAGCCAAUAUGGUCUUCAGAGGGACUUUAAACAGCCGUUGGAUUGUUGGAGCUGUGUUAGAGAAACGGUUGUCUCCCCUUCCUGCUGUUCUGACUUUGGGAGCAUUUGUCAACCACAGAGGAAACAAAGUCCAGUGUGGUCUAGGAGUGACGGUUGCAUAAUAUGUGUCGACACUUUAUAAAUGUUUUGUUUUCCUUUAUAUGUUUUUUGUAGGGUUGCUGAGGGCUUCCUUUUUAGGUUCAUCAUGAUUUUGCACAGUCCAAUUUAUUUCACAAUUUAAACUCAAAUGUCCUGAUUAUGUAACAAUGAAAUUAUUUUUUAGGGCAACAAUGUAAAAAGAAAGACUACCAAAAUGUAAUAUUAAUAGUAUUUUUUAAAGUUUUUAAAUUAUUUAUUUAUUCAUUUAUUUAUUUAAACCAUGCAUGAUAAAACAUGUUUACAUGUUAGUUAAUUUUAUGGAGGAUUUAGAAAUGUUGUGAAUGUUGAGUUAUGCAUUUUGAGGUUUAGUAUAUCCUUACAGUGUAGUACAAAUGUACUCAUGUAUGCUGUAUUUCAUGAGGUUGUUUCUUCAACAAACUUUACAUAAAUUACUUUCAUACUUUUUAAUUAUGCUACCUCAAAAAGGAAAGUCUUCUUUUCAAAACAUGCUUUCUAGGUGCCCCGAAAACCUUACUCAUACUCCUUUCCCUUAAUUGUUAGUGUGGAGAAAUCGGGAUGGUCUGGCAUCUGGCCCUUAUAAACCAACAAUUUGCACCAGAUAAAGGGACCAUUUACAGAGGAUUCAGAUGGUAUUCAGUCCACUCACUUUUUUCCCAUAUUACUAUGUUGUAGCCUUAUGCUAAAAUUGUUUAAAUAAAAAUUUCCCCCAUCAGGCAACACCGUCAGUACUCCAGAAUGACAAAGCAUAAACAGUUUUUUUUUUUUUAAAUUUGUUGAUAAUUUAUUAAAAAUAAAAAGUGAAAUAUCCCAUUAUACAAGGCAAAUUUGAAAAAAGUGAAGGGAACUGAAUAUGUUUGGAAUCCACUGUAUCUCUGUACCUAAUUUAAAGACUGGCAAUGCGAACUAAUGACCAUGAACAUUCAAACUUGCAGUGGUCAUGAAGGCCCCAUCGCAUGUAUACUAUAUUAGCAUAAAUUCUCUUUUUACUUUUUGAGUAUUACAAUGUGUUCACUUUUGUGUGGAGAGCAGAAAGCACUAGCAAAAUUGAAUUUACUGGAAAAAAACCAACAAUUUAUUAGUUUCUGAAUUGUACAUCAUAUGAAAUUACAUACACAGCUCUGUUAUAAUAAAAAAAAAAUCUUGGGUCGAGACGUGAUCAUCUUGGAAAGACACUUUGACGUCCCACAAGACUAGACUUUACAACCUUUAGAAGCAAGACCCGUGAGAUGGUGACUUUUGAAUGUCACGCCCUACUUACAAACAAUUUGAAACAAGAUCACGGACAUCUGACCUCUUAGCUGUUGGAAUGCUUUUGGCAGACACAGUUCAUGUGCUCCCAGCUCUUAAAAAUUUUAUACGUUCUAGAUGGCACGUCAACGACUAAGCGAAGAAGAAAGAGCAGCGUGUCGAAAAGAGACACAAAAGCUUGGGAGAGAAAAGAAGGCAAAAAAGAAUGCACAAAAUAACAAUAAUAAUCUAUGUGCAAAUUCAUAAAAUAAGGAAAGUAAUAAUCAGCCCGGACCAAGUGGAAUUGAAAAGCUCGUAGGUGCAAUCGGGGUCAGAAAUAAAAGACUUCAUAAAGAAGUUCAAAAACGUUGGCGCGAUACACAUUCAGAGCAGGUUAGAGGUUAUGAAAGUAGGAAAAUUCGAAAGUAUCAAAAAAAACCUUUGCGCAAUACACAUGCAGAGCAAGUUAAAGAAUAUGAAAGUGGGAAAGUUCGAAAAUAUAAAAAAAAAAGAGAAUAAAGAUCGGAUUAGCACAAACAAAUGGAAAUUAUUACUCGGUGAAAUAACGUAACAGCAAAAAGAGAUUGAAUAUAUGGACAUAGGUGAUAUGUCAGAAGUAUGUAGAUAUUGUAAGACUUUAAAGUUGAAGUCGGAGACUUGUAGAUCAGCUAAUUUGUGUUGCCAUCAGGGAAAAGGGCAUAUCUGUGAGAAUUAAUAGAUUUGUUGUUUGGUGAAAGUGAAAUCCACAAACACUACAGGCAAAAUAUCUAAGUCUACAAUAAUCUUUUCGCGUUCGCAUCAUACAAUGCUCAAAACGUAGAUUUAAACAAUAAUGGACCAUACGCUAUGACUAUCUGUGGUCCCACAACAAUUAAAGCUACGACAAAUUUAAUUUCGAAGAAACCACAAUUCGGUCAGGUGUAUAUUUAUAAUCACGGAGAAGCGAUGCAACAUAGAAUCGAAAGAGUAUGUAACAAUUCCUAUGAAUAUAACAAUCACUUUAAAUUGUAUAUCCAGUUAACCAAACCCAUAGUUGGGCGAGCAAAGCGCCCUAGUUGUACAUAAAAUUAAACAGCAGACUUUUUUGAUAACAAAUGGUAUUGAAUGUAAUGUUGUUUGGGAUUGCAUACAUGAAAACAGCAGGAAUUGUCAAGAAGUCAGAAUUCAGUAAGACUACUUUGUACUUCUCGAAAACAUGCAUGCAAAGUCUUUAAACUUACUGCAUAUAAAAGACAUUUUCAUUUGGAUUCUUUGGCAGUGGCUACAGGAAAAUGAAAAGCUGCUUGACUUCUAGAACUUCAGACCUUAUCAGGAUCAGGACUUUAAAAUAACUUAGUUACAUGAUGACAUUUACAAAUAACUCAGGAUCUGCUUAAGCACCAGAGCAUAAAAUAAAUCCUGUCUUCUGCAGGUAAUUAAAUUAUUGUAUAAUAUGUUACAUUUUAUACCAUUGCAUUUCAACUCUGAUAAUUCCCAAAGAGGAAACAUAGGCUACAGUGUUUAUAGCAGUGAAAGGAUUUCUUUGAUAGUUCAGAAAUAUUUGUUUAAAGCACAGAUACUUGCUUUUAUACCAUCAGGAGAGGAGAAGAAACAAAUAUGGAACUAUAAAGAAGGUGCUACUUCCUGAAUGGCUUCUUAUAUCUCAGUACUGUUCUUUAUGCCUAGAACACAAAAGUGUUGAAAUAAAAUAUAUUCAGAAGCAUAUCUUAUCAUUUUUAUCUUCAUAUAACUGUAAAUUAAUAAGUUCUAUUAUGGUGUAGACUAUCCUUUUGGAAGUGUGACUAAACAUUACAACAUGGUAUGUUGAGCUUUGUCUCAUUGCAUCUAUAUUUGAAAUCUGUGUUCAUUUAUUAUCACACAUUUUCAUUUAGGUCAUUUAUUACCAUUAUUUUCCUUUUUAGGCCACAUUCAUUAAAAUUAAUAACUAACAAAAUUACUGGAUGUUUCUUUUCUAUUCAUGCUGACCUUAUUUUUUGUUUACUGUAUAAAGUGUGCAGUUUUAAUCACUGAGACGUAAAUGAGAGUUGGUAAGUAAGAGCUGAAAAAGUUGGCAAUGUGGUAGUAAUGACUUGUACUUUUCUGUGUCAACCCAAUAUUUGUUGUUUCUCUUUUUCUAUGCGUUAAGUUUCUAAUUUAAAUCUUCCAAAUCCAAACAACCCAAUAGGAUUAAUAAUGCGAGUCUUUGUUUAAUGCAAAAAUGCCACUGGCAUUAUGUUACAUGGUACAUUUCUGUAAGAAAUUAUGAUCUUGAAUGUGAAAGUAUAAGGCUUAGUAAAAUAAAAAAUAUCUUAAAAUGAAAAUAAAGACUGCAGAUUUACUUUUGAGUACAAAUUUGUUAGACGCUUAUGCCUCUUUCAUAUAAAUAAGAAACAUCCGCAUUACUGGCAUCUUUGAAAGUUCCUAGAUACAAGUAGACAUUGUGGCAAGCACUCUGUCCGGAAAAGGAAGUACAGGUAGAAAUAGGUGUCCCUGGACAGGGUCAGGACUAUGCAUGGCCUUAGGAAGGUGUUCUCUGAUAGUGGCAGCCCAACUUGCAAGGCCAGAUAAUAUAUGGUCACCACCAAUGCUGUUGUAA